GAGGAUAGGGAGGCGUUCACCAGAGACUCUCGAGGAUAGGGAGGGGUCCGAGGGGAAGAUCCAUUCUAUAUUGUGGAAUGCUACGUGGCAGUGUACCAUUGAUGCUCUUGAUUUCUUCGGCCCUACAUGACACCGUAAGAGCCACAGAAUGAUAGAGAGAGAGAGACUAAUUAAAGAGAGAGCGAGAGCGAGAGAGAGAGAGAGAGAUUCAACAAUGGCUGGUCUUAGUUUCUGCACAGCCCUUUCUUCUGGAAGGUAAAACUCCAACGAUCUUUUCUGUGGAGAUGCUUCUGAAUGCAACUUAUAUGAUUAGAUAAAUAUGGAUUUGAGUUUAAGAGUUGCUAGGGAUGAUGGCCUCCUUACCUGGGAAGAGAAUAUUGAAACUCCUUUUGUCUGGAUUUCAGAACGUCUUGGUUAGUAUUGGAUACCAAUUUUGGUGGGAGCAUGCCUUGCAAACCACUUCAUAAGAGAAGUGUGGGAAUCAGGGCAGAAGUGAACUAUGUAAAUUCUGAAGUAGCUAAAAAACUCAUAGCAGUUGAGGGUUAUGCAGUUUUGGAUGUGCGAGACAAAUCUCAAUUUGAUCGAGCUCAUAUAAAGUCAUGUUAUCAUGUGCCUCUUUUUAUUGAAAACAAGGACAAUGACCUCGGCACAAUUAUUAAGCGGACUGUACAUAACAACUUUGCUGGGUUGUUCUUCGGGUUGCCAUUCACUAAACUUAAUCCUGCUUUUGUGCAAUCUGUUAAAAGUCAAUUCUCCACUGAUAGUAAAUUGUUACUUGUCUGUCAAGAAGGGCUAAGGUCUUCUGUGGCUGCUAAUCAACUGGAGAAAGCAGGUUUCAAAACUCUGUCAUGUAUGACAUCGGGUCUUCAGUCAGUAAAGCCAGGUAUGUUUGAUUCUGUUGGUUCCACUGAGCUGCAAAAUGCUGGCAAGGCUGGUUUAGUGACUGUUCAAGGAAAGAUUUCAGCUGUCCUUGGGACCGUACUUAUUUGUGCAUAUCUUUUCAUAACCUUUUUCCCUGAACAAGCGGAGAAGCUAUUUCAACUGGCUCCUGCAAGUUAGCUCUUGGAAGAAUCCAAAAUUUUGCAGUUCUCGUUCUCUUUUCUUCCUGGACCAAGAAAUUACAGCACUUAAACUGUAUGCAACUUAAAAGUCCAAUGGCAGGGAAAAGGAAACUGUGUGAAAGUGGAUCUUCACCUGGAAUGCUUCAUUAUACAGGGCUGAAGGAUGUAACCAUGAUCUACUGUGGAGCAUGUUGGAUGGAGAGAGAGAGAGAGAGAGAUGGAUACUUGUUUCUGUCUAUUAUUUUGGACACAUUGCAGAGAGCAGCAUAUUCCAUCCUAAGGGAAAACAGUAUUAUCAUUGUAAGUUUGUAACAUUAAUAGCUAUCUUUGUCUAUGUACUUUGUGAAAGAAAAUUUUCAUGUAUAUCAGUUCUGUAGAGACGAGCAAAAGUUUUAGAUUUUCUAAACCAAUUUGGAAUCCUGAUUGCAUGUGA